AUGCCAUCUUUGUCCUCGUCCUCGGCAACCGCAGCGGCUCUGACUGCAAGAUUUCUCAAGUCGACGAGUACUCCAUCCGCCCGUUCUCAGCCGGACAAAAAAGUCUCUGAUCUCCUGAAGAGGCCUUUGAGGGAGAGACUCAUCCAUAUUCUUGCUCUGAGGCCGUACAAGAAGCCUGAGCUUUAUGAACGUCUUAAUAAAGAGGGUCUCAAGGAUCGUGAAAAAAAGGAGAUGGUGAAUUUAUUGCGCAUUCUAUCGACAGUGCGUAAUAAUUCCUAUCAUUUGCACAGACAUGUCUGGAACGACGUACAAGAAGACUGGCCAUUUUACAGUGAGCAGGAUCGCGCUAUGUUGAAGAGACGUAAGCCACAAAAUUUAACUCCACCUGGCUCUAGUGAUGGUGGAUCGAGUGGAAGUGGACAAUCGCCAAAUUCAACCCACCCGGGUUCACCACCUGCAAUAACAGCUCCACCACCAAAUUUUAUGAACUGCAAGCGCCCUGGAUAUUACCAAGGUAGUGACGGAAUUCAGACGAAGAAACCGCGUAUAUCUCAUUACCGUAAGCCGGAGCCGCCGAUUAGAACGCCAUCUUCAGCGAACAGUAACAGCAGUUCCGGGAACAUUGUAAAUAAUAAUACCAGUGUCAGUGUCCACAGUGGUAAUAAUUUAUCGAGUAGCCACAAUAGUAAUAUUAAUAAUAAUAAUAAUAAUAAUAAUAAUAAUAAUAAUAACAAUCAUAAUAAUAAUAAUAACGAUGUAAAUAAUUGGAAUGAACAGCGACAGCAAUCGAGUGACCGUGAUAUUAAUUAUCAUCGAUCUGAAAGAACAUCUAACAGUGAUGUGUUACGUGGUAAUAAUAAUAAUAAUAGUUAUCAAUUAAAUGUUAAUAAUAAUAAUAAUAGUAAAUCAUCUUUCACACCAAAUCGUGACCGUGAUGAGUUAAUUAGUAAUAGCAAUAGUAAUCGCACUGCCUCGUCUUCAGCAGCCGCUUCUUCUUUAUCAUCUUCAUCGGCAAUGAUGCUCUCGUCGGCCUCGACGUUCAAUGCCGCUAAAUAUGACUCCAGAGGUCACUGUAAUAGCAGCCCUAGCGCAGGUGUCAAUAAUGGUUCCAACGAGUUCAGUGCGCGGGAACGGGAACGGGAACGGGAGAGAGAGAGGGAGAGGAGAGAAAGAGACAGAGAAGAGGUGCGCAGAGAGAGGGAGAGGGAGAGAGAGAAGCUGGAAAGGCUCGAGAGGGUGGAGAGGCAAGAGAGGGAAAGGACUAGGGAAAUUAAUAGUGAUAAUAAUUGGAACGGCAAUGCUUCCAGAAACUUGGGUGGAACUGUUCCUGAGUAUAGAACUGCUGGAACUGGCGCUGUAGGUUAUGAGACUAAUGGAAAUAAUAAUGAUAUUCCUGACUACCUCAUGCAAUAUAAACCAGUUACUAACGUAGAACAAAGAAGAAAAUACAAAGAUGAUUAUUCGCGUGAUCAACCAGAAUACACCGAACUGUGUGCGCACAAAUUGAAUAUAAAGAAGCAUUUUGAAAAAUUAAAAGAAUUGAGGGCCAUAGAAUCGGCCCGUGGGAACCGCGAAAAAGAAGAGGAAAUAAAUUCCCAGAUAAUAGCGGAUUACGAUAAAAUAAAGCACGAUAGAGUUGAAAUUGAAAAAGACCGUCGCUAUAAUUAUUUGUUAGGUAAAUUGAAAUAUAUAAGAGGAUUAAUAAGCGAUUUUGAUCUCGGGUAUUCAAAAGAGGAGAGGGAAAAUUCAGAUGCAAUUGGUAGCAACAACAAUAGCAGUAAAACUGGUGUGAGUACUACCGACUUACGAUACUGA